GAAACUUGCUUCUUCAAGUUACUAGGAGGCAAGCAUAACCGUAUCAAGGUUUGCAAUUUAUGCUAUUUGUUAAAUAAUUCGUAUUAGGGCCUCUAAUAAAGGCAAUUAAAUCAAAAUAUGGCUACAACUAAUAGUCAAGAUUUCAAUAUUACACCGUGUCAACAGAUGGCCUCUUCUUGUACAGGUGCUAUAAUUACUUCACUGAUUGUUACCCCUUUAGAUGUUGUCAAGAUUCGUAUUCAAGCUCGAGAGAAAGAGUUCAUUCGUAAUAAGUGUUUUCUUUACUGUAAUGGUUUGAUGGAUCAUAUUUGUACCUGCAAUGGUGGAAAUGAUCCAGCUUCAAUGAAAAUGACCCAUUCUGAAAGAGUUAAAUGGUUUAAUCGUGGUGCUCCUUUCACUGGAACCUUGGAUGGAAUAGUGCAUAUUGCAAGAAAUGAAGGAUUAACUAGUUUAUGGAGUGGAUUACCACCAACAUUAAUUAUGGCUAUACCUUCAACAGUUAUCUAUUUUACAAUUUACGAUCAGCUAAGAGCAAAAAUAAAUCUCUGGAAUGGAAAAAGUUUAUCUGAACAGCCACUUUGGGUUCCUAUGACAGCCGGUGGCUGUGCUCGUGUUAUUGCUGCAGUAACAAUUAGCCCUUUGGAAUUAGUGCGUACAAAAAUGCAGUCGGAAAAAUUGAGUUAUUUUGAUAUUGGAAGAGCUGUCAAAUCAUUAAUUCAACAAGAGGGUAUUUUAGCUCUUUAUCGUGGUCUUGUCCCAACCAUACUUCGUGACGUGCCUUUCUCAGCUAUUUAUUGGGCUGGCUAUGAAGGGCUUAAAAGGCGUUUAAACUGUACUAUAGAACCAACUUUCAUUCAAAGUUUCAUUUGCGGAGGGAUUGCUGGAUCACUGGCCGCUAUCAUUACAUUACCCUUUGAUGUCGUUAAAACUCAUCGUCAGAUAGAAAUUGGACAAGCCCUUAUUGUUGCCAAAGGUGCUCAAACUCGCAAAAAUCCCAAAUCAACAGUGUCUAUAAUCAAGCAUUUAUACUUUCAAAGAGGGCUGAAAGGUUUGUUUGCUGGUUUAUCGCCUAGGUUAAUCAAAGUAGCUCCUGCUUGUGCUAUAAUGAUUAGCACUUAUGAGUGGGGUAAAUCAUUUUUCCGACUAUACAAUGAAAAAAGGCACAGAGAUUCCUGAUGUUUUAGCUCUAGUUGUAUUAUUUUCAUAAAUCAAAUUUAAAUAUUACUUUAAAACAACUUGGUCUUGAUGUGUUGAACAAUCUUGACAACAUAGAACCAACAAAGUUGAAAGAAUAAAGUACCAACUAUUUAAUCUAUUUUUGCUCCUUUGCCACAAAUUCAUCAGGUUUAGAAUUAUCACAUUGAAGUAUUUUAAUUUAUAAAAAGCGUAUGCAAUUAUGAGAUUAACCGAUUAGCGAUGUUUCUGAUUCGGUGAAGUUAAUUCAAUUUGGUAUUUGUUUGACAGAUCAAGAUCAGUUGUUUUAAAUCUAAUGGUUUGUAAAUAUUUUGUUGAUAUGUUAUAUUCACUUUAAUUAAAUAGAAAAGAUUAAUCAUGAGAAAA